AAAUGUUAAUUUAUGUAGUACUAGUAUAUCAUUAUUUACCUUCAAUUUGUUACUUGCGACUGAGUUUCUCGCGUCCGUUGUUGUUCUUCCGACGAACCACCGCCAAUGCGAUACUAGCUGCCACCGCUCACCAUCUGAAGCUUAACCGUGAAGCUUUUUCAUCAUGCUGAAUUCAACAUAUUUCACUACCAUUCUCUUCACUUCUCUUCGUACUUCAUCAUCCUCCACCACAACCUUCCUCCUUCUCUACCCUUAUACAACCUUCUUGGCUCGCACCCACUUCAAAAUACUCCACAAACUCCCAACCUUCAACGACACCGUUUCAUCUUUUAAUCACUUCCUCCACCUUCGCCAACCACCGCCCAUUCAAGAAUUCAACAAGCUCUUAUCAACAAUAAUCAAACUCAAACGCUACAACACCGUCGUUUCGUUAUAUUCUAACUUGGAAUGUAAGGGAACCGUAAAACCCUCACUUGUCACUAUGAGUAUAUUGAUCAAUGCUUUUUCUCAAUUGGGUCAAAUGGGUUUUGGUUUUUCAGUUGUUGGGAAGAUUCUCAAGAUGGGUUUUCACUUAGACGUCAAAACGCUUACUACAUUGAUGAAAGGUUUGUGCUUGAAAGGUAGAGUUUUGGAGGCAGUUAACUUACUUGAUGAUUUUGUUUCUAAAGGGUUUAGGUUUGACGAGGUUUGUUACGGGACAAUUAUUAAUGGGUUGUGUAAAACUGGUAAAACAAGAGAUGCUAUUGAGAUGUUUCCUAAGAUGAAGAAGAUUAGGGUUUACCCUAAUUUGAUUAUGUAUAAUACUGUUAUUGAUGGUCUUUGUAAACAAGGACUUGUAGAUGAGGCUUGUGGUUUGUGUUCUGAAAUGGUUGCUAAUGGUAUUAGUCUUGAUGUUUACAGUUACAAUUCUCUUAUUCAUGGUUUUUGUUCUGUUGGUCGGUUUGGAGCUGCGGCUAAGUUGCUCGAUGAAAUGGUUACGAGGGGGAAUAUUAAUCCUGAUGUGUAUACUUUUAAUAUAUUGAUUGAUGGUUUGUGUAAACUAGGAAGGGUUACUGAAGCUUACAAUGUGGUUGCUGUGAUGAUUAAAAGAGGUCGAAAGCCUGAUGUUGUUAGUUACAAUGCUUUGAUGAAUGGUUAUUGUCUGUGUGGAAGUGUGGACGAGGCUAAACAAGUGUUUGAUAAGAUGGUAGAGAGAGGUUCUUUGCCUAAUGUUAUUAGUUAUUGUACUUUGAUUAAUGGAUACUGCAAGGUUAUUAUGGUGGAUGAAGCCAUGAUGCUACUAACAGAAAUGCUUAAGAAGAAUUUAAUUCCUGAUACUGUAACUUAUAAUUGUCUUCUUGAUGGUUUGUCGAAAUCAGGAAGAACAUUGUACGAGUGGGACUUGGUUGAGGCCAUGUGUUCUAGUGGACAACCACCUGAUUUAAUUACUUACAAUACAUUGUUAGAUGAUUAUUUAAAACAUGAACAACCUGACAAGGCACUUGCAUUGUUUCAGCACAUUAUUGAAAUUGGGAUUUCGCCAAACAUACGCACGUAUAAUAUACUUCUUGACGGUCUUUGCAAAAGUGGAAGACUAAAUUAUGCAAAAGAGAUUUUUCAACUUCUUCCUGACAAAGAAUGUCAACCAAAUGUCCGAACAUAUAACAUUAUGAUACAUGGGCUUUGUAAACAAGGUUUUUUAGAUGAAGCGGAGGCCUUACUUUAUAAAAUGGUAGACAAUUAUUGCCUUCCUAACUAUAUAACUUUUGAUAUCAUUGUUCGUGCACUUUUGGUGAAAUAGUGGGAAUUGUUGGGGGAAAGAAACUUCUUCAAGGAAUGGUUACUUGGAGGUUUAUGGGAAAAUGACAUGAAAGAUGACAAGAAAAUGUUCAAGAACACAUUGGGGGAUUAGAGGUUUAAGAUUCAAAUCAAUGGCGUGGUUAGAUAUUCGUUCACUUCUUACAUUCUCUGCAAUUUUCCGCGUAAUUCUAAUCGUGUACGGUGAAUGGCAAGAUUCUCAUAUGGAAGUUAGAUACACUGAUGUUGAUUACAUUGUUUUUUCUGAUGCGGCUUCUCUUGUUGCUUCUGGUUUUUCUCCUUAUCAGAGAACCACUUAUCGUUAUUCCCCUUUACUCGCUUUUCUUCUUGUUCCUAAUUUGUUACUACAUCACGCUUGGGGAAAAUUUCUCUUCUCUUUUGCAGAUUUACUUGUGGGAUAUUUUAUCUAUUAUAUUCUAAAGCUGCAGAAGGUUCCUGAAAACCUCUGCAACUACUCUGUUAUGGCAUGGCUCUUUAAUCCAUUUACCUUCACCAUUGGGACACGCGGGAACUGUGAACCCAUUGUUUCUGCCAUGAUAUUGUGGAUCAUUGUCUGUCUUAUGAAAGGUAAUGUGUUACAGUCAGCAUUUUGGUAUGGACUUGUUGUCCAUUUCAGGAUUUAUCCUAUAAUUUAUUCUAUUCCUAUAAUCCUGGUUCUUGAUCCGAACUUCUUCCCAUCUGGCCAGAAACCCGUCCUAAGGAAGUGGAGUGCUGUUCAAAAAGAGAGAUCCGAAGACGAGAAUGUCCAGUUUGCCCCACAUAAUUUAUUGAAAAGCAUAUUUACAAGAAACAGGAUCAUAUUUGGACUGGUCUCAGGAUUCGUUUUCGUCUUUUGUACUGGUCUGUUCUACUGCUUAUAUGGGUGGGAAUUCCUACAUGAGGCAUUACUGUACCAUCUUACUCGUACAGAUCCAAGGCACAACUUCUCCAUCUAUUUCUAUCACAUAUAUCUUCAUUAUGGACAUGACAUCUCAGUGGUGGAAAAGCUUGUGUCCUUUUUGCCCCAGUUUUUGGUUCAGCUGGUUCUUAUUUUUAGUUUUGCACGAGAUUUGCCAUUUUGCUUAUUUGUGCAGACUGUAUCAUUUGUGGCCUUCAAUAAGGUGAUUACAGCACAGUACUUUGUUUGGUUCUUUUGCUUAUUGCCUCUAAUACUCCCAUGGAGUAAAAUGAAGCUUAAAUGGGGUGGAUUGUCUUGUAUUCUUUUGUGGAUAGGAGCUCAAACCCACUGGUUGUUGUGGGGCUACCUUCUUGAGUUCAAGGGUAAAAAUGUCCUUUUACAGCUUUGGGCGGCAGGCUUAAUGUUUUUAGCAGCCAACAUAUUCAUCCUUGUCAUGAUUAUUCGUCAACAUAAUUGUUCUUCUAUUUUCAAAGCUUUGGAGUAUACUCGCUCCAAGCAUGUAGCUAAGCUUGAAUGAGUGACUCUGACUUGUCGUCAAUGAGUUUCAAUUUUCAUCACCACCAUUACUAUGUAUCGCCCUUGUCGCACUUCAAUUCUGGAAGUUUAACAAUGCAAGGCCGUGACUACAGCAACCGACAUUCAUGUUGAAAUUUGCAUUAUUUUCAUCGUCACCAUUGCUAUUUAUCGCCCUUGUCGCACUUCAAUUCUGGAAGGUUAACAAUGCAAGGCCGUGACUACAGCAACUGACAUUCAUGUUGAAACUUGCAUUAUUGUUUUGUAACCCUGUAUGCCUUUUUUGGUGGUGUUGUUGCAGUACAUAAUCUUGAUCAAUGAAUUUAUUUUCAUUGUUUUCUUA